UCCUACCAUAGAUUAAAUACCGCAUGAGUUACAGCCCGUGUGCAUCUUGUUUACUGUGCGCGCACACAACCUGUGCAUCAUAUUGAUGUGUUGUAGUAUUGACUUAACUCUCCAAUCAUCCUAAACGCGUCUGGUGACGCGGCGUGUCGACGCGCCCCUGUGCUUCACGUGCUGUGGAUGUUUCCUUGAAUCUCCCCGUACCUUUGACGGAUCUUUCCGGGUGCGGGUCUGAAAAAAGCAUUGACCUGAAUGGUUUGUCAUUGCAUUGCUUUACGGACUACACUUUCCCGUUGUAGCGGAUCACGCACGGAACGGCUCGCGCACGGAACCUGUGGUUAGAAAUGACGCAUCGGUCACAGUAGGGACGUGUCUCGUAAAAGCGGAGAGGUUUCAGUCAGAAGCGGCCAGAAAUCUGGACUACACCUGCUCGUCAUGUCGGCGAAGAGCAAGAAGGAAAAGGAAAUCAUUACCGAGUAUGAGAGCCAAGUGAAAGAGAUACGGUCACAGUUAGUGGAGCAGCAGAAAUGUCUGGAGCAACAGACGGACAUGAGAGUUCAGCUGCUGCAGGACCUGCAGGAUUUCUUCAGGAAGAAGGCCGAGAUCGAGAGCGAAUAUUCACGCAACCUGGAGAAGCUCGCAGAACGUUUCAUGGCUAAGACACGCAGCACCAAGGACCACCAGCAGUACAAGAAGGACCAGAACCUGCUGUCUCCGGUGAACUGCUGGUACCUUCUUCUGAACCAGGUGAGGAGAGAGAGUAAGGACCACGCCACGCUCAGUGACCUGUACCUCAACAAUGUCAUCACACGCUUCACACAUGUCAGCGAGGACAACAUGCGUCUGCUUAAGAAGAGCAAAGAGAUCAUUUUCCAGCUGCAGGAAGACCUGAUGAAGAUUCUUAAUGAACUCUACACGGUGAUGAAGACGUAUCACAUGUAUCACACUGAGACUCUCAGUGCAGAGAAUAAGCUAAAGGAGGCAGAAAGGCAGGGUGAACGACAUGGACGGGGCGGUGAGGUCGUCUUCAGCCUGCGUACCGAAGAUCGCCACCAACGAAGGAACGCUGCGCGCAAGAUACAGAAGAUGAAAGAGAAGCGUCAAGCCAAGUACUCAGAGAACAAACUGAAGGUCAUGAAGGCACGGAACGAGUAUCUGUUGACCCUGGAGGCUACCAACGCCUCUCUGUUUAAAUAUUACAUCAAGGACCUGUCGCAUUUGAUUGACUGUUGUGACUUGGGUUACCACGCGGGCCUAAGUCGGGCGCUACGGACAUACCUGUCGGCCGAAUACAGUCUGGAAACGUCUCGCCACGAGGGCUUGGAUAUUUUAGAGGGGGCCGUGGAGGGGCUGGACCCCAGUAGUGAUCGGCAACGCUUUAUGGAAACCCACCCCACAGCGUUCACCCCUCCCACACGCUUCAUCUUUCAACCACACAUGGGAGACCAGGUGAGUCAGAUCACCGCACUGCCGCAGGUGCAGGCCGAGCUGCUUCUCCGGUUUCAACAGCUGCAGUCUCGUCUCUCCACGCUGAAGAUUGAAAAUGAGGAGGUGAAAAAGACGUCAGAAGCCACCCUCUGCACCAUCCAGGACAUGGUGAACAUGGAGGACUACGAUGUGUCCGAGAGCUUCCAGCACAGCCGUUCCACAGAGUCUGUCAAAUCCAGCGUAUCAGACACUUACCUCAGCAAACCCAGCCUGGCCAAGAGACGCGCCAACCAGCAGGAGACCGAGCUCUUCUAUUUCACAAAACUGAAGGAGUUUCUGGAAGGCAGUAAUCUCAUCGCUAAACUACAGGCCAAACAUGACAUGCUGAAGAGGAGCAUCGCCGAAGGUUACAGAGCGGACAUCAUGACAACCAGCCGUCGCCGAAACUCCCACAGCAGGAACCAGGACUCUGGGAAGGCCAUUCCUCUGAUAGUUGAAAGCUGCAUUCGCUUUAUUAAUCUAUAUGGUCUUCAGCAUCAGGGUAUUUUCAGGGUUUCAGGCUCACAGGUGGAAGUCAAUGACAUCAAGAACAGUUUUGAACGAGGCAACGACCCCUUGACUGACGAGGAGAAUAACCAUGACAUUAACUCUGUGGCGGGCGUGCUGAAAAUGUACUUCCGUAACCUGGACAACCCGCUUUUCCCCAAGGAGAAGUUCAACGAUCUCAUCGCCUGCAUCCGAACCGAGAGUCUGUACGAGAGAGCUCUCUCCAUCCGAAAGAUCCUGACCACGACGCCACGGCCAACGCUGGUGGUUAUGAGAUACCUGUUUGCAUUCCUCAACCAUUUGUCCCAAUACAGUGAUGAGAACAUGAUGGACCCUGGAAACCUGGCGAUCUGUUUCGGGCCCACUCUGAUGCCCACCCCGGAUCUUCUGGACCAGGUCUCGUGUCAGGCACACGUCAACGAGAUCGUCAAAACCAUCAUCAUCCACCAUGAGACCAUCUUCCCUGACACCAAAGAACUGGAGGGGCCGGUUUACGAGAAGUGCAUGAGCAACACGGAGUACUGUGAAAGUCCCUACAGUGAACCGGGAGCGUUUGAGGAAGGAGAGCAGGACGGUGGGACAGAAACCCAGACGAGUGAGGAGGAGGCUGAGCCGGUGGAGGCUUUAGCAAAGUUUGACUAUGUUGGGCGCUCUGGACGGGAGCUCACUUUUAAGAAAGGCGCCACGCUGCUGCUGUUUCAGAGAGCGUCUGAAGAUUGGUGGGAGGGACGUCACAACGGCAUUGAUGGACUUAUACCACACCAAUACGUCACACUGCAGGAGGAUGAGGCCAUGUCAGAUACACUGAGCCAGAAAACUGACAGCGAGACCAGCACCACACCUUCAGAUGAAGUGAGCUCCAGACGGUCUCUCACAUCCCCUACUGAACCAAGAAUACCAGAGACCUUCAUCAGCCGACACAGGAAGAGGACGGAGGCCCUUCUGCGCCGGGUCCCUGGUCGCAUCAGCGACGGGCACUGCCAUGGCAACGGGCUGGAACGCAGCUCUCCCCCGGUGACGGUGACCGUAACGGGUCACUUUAGCCCUAGGGAGCUGCUGCGUGGAAACAGCUCUGCCCUGGACAGUCCCGAGCACCACAGACGCACAGGACACAACGGCACAUCCAACGGCACGGUCAAUGCCAACAUCAGCCGACACGAGUCCCUGCGUAGGGAGCGGGAACGAGAGAGUCCUCCGAUACGGUCUCUACAGUCUCCGUCCACAUUGCAUUGUGGGUUACCUGUGCAACGCACACAGACGCUGAACCCUCACACUAUGGCCCAGGACCUACAGGAAACCAUGAGUCUAGCCUUAAAUGAGCUGCGAGAGCUAGAAAGGCAUAACGGAAAGACCGCAGCUCCCGACCUGGUGCUGGACACCCUGGAGCAGGUGAAAAGCAGCCCUUCAUGUCCAUCAGGCUCCACCCCUUCCAGCUUAUCCAGCCCUUCUGAUUCCCCGAGCCCCCUCAGUCCCAUAAGCCCCCUGCCUUCUCUCCCCCCGCUGCCCGGCCCUUCGUCCCGGCGCUGCAAUGACCUGGUGGCCACCUUCAAGCCCAUCGCCUCGCCCCGCAUGGGUGUGACGCUCCGUCCGCCCGCCCUACGCCCCAAACCACCCAUUCUUCCAAAAGCCAACCCUCCUCCUUCCCAGCAGCCCCAGAAUCCCCCUUCGAGCUUCGGCAGCGACAAAUCUGGCACUAUGUGAGCCGAGAUCCAAAGGGUCCAACCGACACAAACAGGGUUUAAGACUGACCCGCGGCGAUGGGUCGAGACUAAAGAAAGUAAACAGGGUCAAUCUCUUAAUGACAUGAUUGUACGGCCGAUAGCUAGUUUACACGGAGCGGUCCGAUAGAGUUAGUCUAUGAUAUUAUAAUCCAUUAACGUGUUGUCAGGGUGGUGUGUGUGUAUUCUCUAAGUGAAUAGGACUUUACUGUGUCUGUGUGUAGAUACAUUUCUGAGGAACACAUUCAGAGACAGCGGAGAGACACUGGUUGGGAUUGUCUGUACAGGAAGUACUGUUUUGUUUUUUGGGAGCUUUAGAUCGGGACGUUCCAUUGAGUCCUCCUUUAGUGCAAUGUAUUUGAGCCCUUUUCUAUUUGUUAGGCCUUACCACCACAGAGGAUUGUGCGUGGAGUCGAACUUAUGAGUUACUGCUGCUUUCUUUAACGCUUAGAUUCAAACGGCCAAUUUACAGGAACAUUGGUGCCUCUUGGGAAAAUUGGGAACGUUAUUCACUUAGUGGAAGUGGAAUUUCAUUUUUCAAGCCAUCCAUCGGGAAACAAGGUGACCGGGAAACACAGAAUGUAUAAAAAAAUAUGAAUGUUCCACGUUUUUUUUCACUCUUAAUACCGCGCCAAGCCUUGAUCACCAGAUUAACCUCCCCCUUUACCGUGGAAACGCAAACCCUGAAGCCUGAUUGGACGACGUGGGAGUUUUAACAUUCCGAGGGCAAAUGUGAACCACGUUUCAAGAAAUGACGGAGACUCGACCGUUUCCAUCUGAGAAAUUGACGUUACGGACGUGAAGAAGCAUGUGACUUCCGCCGCUAGGCCACGCCCACUCUCAGGUCGUUCAGUAAAAUUUCCGCUGCUGCUCCACUAAUGGAUGAUGAUCAUUUUCACUCCUUAAUUUUCCAUGUCCCCUGUGCUUCCAAUGUACGUGUGUAUGUGAGAUUGUCAAUGGCAGACCCUCUUUGCAACACGCCAACCAUUCAUGUUAAACAGGCUCGUGUGUGCGUGCGUAAGAUGAUGGAUAAUUCACGCUUGCACAACAGAGUGCUUGCUGAGGACAUGUAACUUAUUGCAUAUAAAAAAUGAACUGUUUAUGUGUGUUUUGUGCGUAAGAGCCGAUUGUGUUUGUGUGUGAGGGUGUUUAGUCUGCGUGUAAAUAUUAUGCAUGGAGGGGGAAAUAUUCGUAGGACAUUGUCGUCUACCAAACAGCCUCGGUUCAAUUUUUUAUACACAAACGGAAUAAUGUUUUUUCACUUUUUUUGACUGCUUCUCGCUUACGUUUUCUACUCGUUAUAUUUUGUAUCUCUUUACUGAUUCUGUGUGUACUGAAUGUUUAACGUUGGGGUCUUCGUCACUCUAACAUGGCACUGCAUACACGUCCCCCUAAGCUUGCUGGUGUAUUAGAUGCCCACCUUCACCCUCCGUUCAGUUACCAAGCGACCUGCAAGACCAUCACACACAAACACACACACACACACAUACUGUGUUGACAUGAAAGUGCCUUUCAGGAAACACGUUGAAUGCAGGAGGCUGGUCUGCCAAGGGUGCGUGCUGCUGUCGCUUUCUGAAGAGUCGUUCCACAAGUUAAAUAAUAAAUAGAGCUCUUUUCAGAUGUUUAAUAACCUAAACGAAUAAUAAAUAUGUACAUUUAAUCCAUUGUGAUGUCGCACUUUCAUGUAUAGGACUGUAUUGGCAUGUAGCAUCAAAUCAUGUUCCAGUGCAUUUUAAAACGUGUGGAAACUGAAUGUCUUUGAAAUAAAGGAUG